AUGGGCAGUGGCAUCUACAAGGAGGAGCAGAUGCGAAAAUGGGACGCCAUAGUUCGCUAUGGGUGGCCCACCGUCAUAAGCAGCAGCACCUGGGCCAUCGCCGUCGCUCUCAUCACCCUGCUAUACCAGGCCGUUGCGGUCAGGCUCUUCAGACCCUAUGCAAUGAGUCUGUUUUGGCUCCUCCCUGAGCAUCAUCGAGCAUGGGACGUUGAUCAGGUCAGAGUCGCAAUGGCCAACACUAUGAGCCCUCAAGCAGCGCUGGUCAGCACGCCCGCAUACCGAUGUUUGGGGUCUACGAAGUGCAAACCUGCCAAAUUCAUCGCGCUUCUUUGGCUAUUCGGUGCACUUGUGCUGAUGGUGGUGCCCAUAUUCCUCCCUCUUCUCUUGGCUAGGAGAAUACCCGUUGUCCAAGGAGUUCCCGGUUCAAUCGAAAACUGCAGUCCACUGCUCAACUAUAGCAAUUGGAUGGCUCGAUCACAGUAUGACGGAUUACUUUCUUGGGAUAUGCUCCGUUUUGCAGACACGCACGGAUACAACUACAGCGGCUCAAAUGCCUCAUCAGUUGGUCUUUCAAACGACAAGGAUCGAAUUGUCAUAUCAUCAGAGUGCCCAGACUGGGCCCCCGCCUGUGACAGAAAUAACUCUUUUCGAGUUGACGUCGACUACUGGGUGAAGCAGUCCGAGGUUGGAAUCGGCAGCAAGUCUUCCUCUCGUCAUGCCGAAUUUGGCGUGUUGACUACUUGCUACAAACCAGAGUAUCGUAGGAAGUUCCUGCGAACAGAGGAAGACGGGACGAAUACUUAUGGAUUACUUUACGGCAGCAGUAGCAGUACUGGUGGAGAUGAGUACGUCACUGAGGAGUUUAACCUUGAAGAGAGGUUUUGCUACGGAUAUGAUUUGUUUUCCCACUUCAACUCCAGCGGGCCUUCUGAGGUCUCCAUCUGGCAACCCAACGAUACGCUAGCUCAUCACGGCGAUCUCACUCUUCUGUUCUACCACAUUCGGUUGAUACUGAGUCCCACUACAAGCGAUGAUCCGGUCUUUGCUACCAACAACACUCAAGUCGGAGGGGCUUACAGAUACAGGCGGGCCAUUGUACCCAUCAUGUGCAACACAAGCUACGCCUACUGUCCAGGAGGAAGACAGAGCUGCGUAUCACUAGGAGGCAAUGACGGAGUUGGCGAAUACAUCAACAGCUCAAGAUCUCAUGAAGACAGAAACGUCGGAUUUCUCGAGCUUAUGUGGAUAAACACAUGGGUUCCCUUGCUGUCCAUCAUACCCGGCAGCAGUGAAUCCGUUUACGCAAGCCGCACCCUGUCUCUUGGAUCGACGCAGCUGGCUCCAAGGGAAAUAAGUGGACAUGCCGAGAUUGUACGAUUAGCACUGGCAAGCCGCAUGGUGCUCCUGACAUCUGCCACACGAGCAGUAUCAAAUUGGCGCAACUACGUCUCUUCAGAGCUUCCCGUCCGGGUUGUUGAGGCAACAGCGCAACAACUGGAGACCUGUCGGCUGACGUUGAUGGAGUCAUCUGGGAAGAUCACAACUUCGGGCGUGUCGAUCCUCGUCGUCGUUCUCAUCGGCGGUAUUCUCUUUCUACUUACCUUCAUUGGGCCCUUUCUUCGUCUUAUCCUUUGGAAAAGGAUGUGUGUUCCAAUGAUUCGGUGGAGGCUACGAACCGCACCACAUCUUCAUCGAAUGACGGUGGAGCGUGGGGAUCCGAGUCGCUUCUGGCCUGGGGGCGCAACGGAUGAGUGGCCUACGGGAAGAGACUGUGUGGAUCAGUGGAUUGAAAUCUACGGAUGA